GGCAAAAGAAAUCUUAGUUCUAAAAAUAUAAAACAAAACAAACAAUUAUUUAAUUAAAUCAUAAAUAAUAUUUUUUCUAAAAAAUAACAUAGAGAUAUACUCUCAAUAAGUAUAAAAUAUCAAAUAAUAAAUAAGAUGGACUCUCAAAAAGAAAGAUCAAAUUAGCAAUAUCCAUAACAUAAGAAUCAAUAAGAGAGAAAUGUAUCUUAAUAAAAUAAAGAUUCUCCUGAUGGAUCUUAUCCUGAAACUCCUGGCUAAGAGAAUUCUAAUGAUAAUGAAAAAGAAGACUAGAAAAAUUCUUUACUUGAAAGUCAAGUAAAGAGAAUAAGAUCUCAAUAAAAUAACGAUAGUUAUCAUGAAACUCCUGGUUAAGAGAAUUCUAAUAAUAAUGAGAAAGAGAAUUCUAGAAAAUAGUAAUUAAUGUAAAAUAAUUCUCCUGAAAGAAGAUUUGAAGAUGAUCAAACUCCUAAUGAAAAUAACAGUUAAAUAUCUAAUUUUAUUCCAGUAAACAGAGAUUAUAAACAACUUUAAGAAUAAGAGUAGUUCCAUGAUUUGUUUAGAAGUGGGCUUUUAUAAAAGCUACUUUUAAAGCUUAAAGUAAAUUAGAAAUACGAGUCAUUUUAAUUUAUAGGCUCUGGAACUUUUUCAAUGGUCUAUUCUGCAAGAAAAAUAAAAAAUAACCAAAAUAUAGCUCUUAGAAUAUAAGAAGUUAAGGAUUAGGUUUAUUUUAAUAAUUAUAUUUCAAUUUACAAGUAGAUUCAAAUGCCUCUUGUAAUUGAGUUAUAUGAUGUGUAUUACAUAGAUAUAGAAAUUCAUAAAUUUGCUAUAUUUGAACUUGAAUUAGUUGAUUGCGAUUUAAUGUAGCUGCUUGAGGGAUAAGAAUAGUAUGGGUAAUUAAAUGAUGAAAAUAAAAUGAGCAUUGCAAAAUAGUUGAUUGAUGCUAUAAAUUAUCUUCAUAACUUCAAUAUUAUUAACAGAGAUAUAAAACCUAGUAAUAUUGGAUUAAAAUUUAAUCGUAGCAAUUAGAUAUAAAUCAAACUAUUUAUUCCUUACCCGAUUAUAAGAUUAAAAAAUGGCUCAGAUGUUUACAAUACAAAUUAAUUGGUAGGGACUAUGUUGUUUAGCGCUCCCGAAAAUAUGGUAGAACCAUAUGAUCGUUUUGUUUAUUCUAAAGAAUCAGACAUAUUCUCUCUUGGAGCGACUUUAUGUAUGUUAGACAAUUUUAAGAGUUAUAAUUCUGAAGAAUUUGGAAAAUAUUUAACAAUGAUAAAAUCUUAUUUCUAGUAGCCUUUUGAGAAAUUCUAAAUAAACAGAUAGUCUUAGAUAUAUUAAUUCAUAGAAUAAUUUUGCCAAUAUGAAAUCGACUAGAGAAUACCUCUAUUUUGUAUCGUAGAUUAAAAUCCAAAUGAUUUUUUAUCAAAUGAGUAGGAAAUAAAAAAAGCUAAGUAUAAAAAAUAACUGGUUCUACUUAAUUUUUGA